CCACCAUUGUCCUGCCCCGAACUAAAUCUGUCCCUAUAAAUAACCAGACAGACCCCCCUACCCACACUUGCUUUACUGAGCCGCCAACAGCAGUUUGGGAAGGGAACACUGUCUGUAUGAAGAUUGAUCAGUAAUGAAACCAUGGCUUCGGCAUCUCACACUAUUAAGCGACUGCAGAGCAAAUUAAUAGAAAUCUUUGCAAAGGAUGAGAAAGCUGCUUUCAGGGAAUUGGGGUCCCUGUUCCAAUAUGGCCCAGAUGAAUAUAGAAGUAAGGAUGAAUUUAAGAGCCCAGCAGAGCGAGUGGAGAAUCUAAUCCAGUAUGUUCUGCAGAGAGAUGAGUCCGACUGCCAGAGGUUCCUCACUCACCUACACAACUUGCUGCCCAGCUUUCCUGCUCUGUCUGAUAUAGUGGAAGGAGAAAAAAAAAGAACCACACUAAAUAAAAUUAUGGAAUCACAUAAAGAGUCUAAGCUCACCCUGAGGGACAUCCUGGACAUUGGGCAGGAGAAUAUAAAUGAAGUUGCCCCCCAGACUGUACAAGAUCUUCCCUGGGCUCUCCUAAGGAAACUGAUGACGCUGGACAGAACUGCCAGAAUAAUUCAACUUGACGAUUUUUCUGAGAAUGCAGAGAAAGAUACUGAAAACACAGACAAGGAUAUAGCUCAUCAUAUGGAGACAGGGGUAGAUGCAGAUUAUGAUAUAUUUCUGUAUAUUGAUUUUAAUAGCAAAGAGUGUGACUCUAAUUUUAUUAAUCCUUUAGACAUUCUGUGUGUUCUCUUGCAUUGCUCAGAUAUGUUUUUACAGCAGAAUAUCUUAUCAAAAAUGUCCAUGUGUCAGUUUGCUGUCCCACUGCUGCUCCCUGCUGGUGAUGCCCCAGAAUACACUUUUAUGCUCUGGGCUAUGAGAGACAUUGUCAAGAGAUGGAGACCCCACACUCUGGCAGAGAAUAAAGGAUUUAUUGAAGAAAACCUGGUUGAAGUAGAAAUGCCAUUGCUCUCCUUUGUGAGACUAGGACAAAGCAAAUUAUCCAAAUCUAAAAUACUCAAUCAAAUGCUGUGUCCAGCUCAGCAGAACCAGGACUUCUUUAUUCAUGACAAUAUGAAAGGUGGAAAUAUUGAAAGGCAAAUCUCUGAUGGCCUAGUGGAAAUCUCCUGGUAUUUACCUGUUGGAACAGAGAAUUCUGACUCUUUCCAAGAACCUAUUGCUGUUACUAAUUUACGUGGAGACAUAGAGUCUAACUGGACCCAAUUCAGCUUCCUAACCCAGGUCUCAUCAGCAGUGUUUGUAUUUGCUGAGAGUAUUAAUGAGCAAGAGUGUGAGCUAUUAGCCAAGUGUAGUAAAUCAAACACUGAAUUCUAUUUCAUUAUUACUCUAAGUGGGAGAGGUGUCAGUAAAGAGACCGCAGAAUCCAUCAAGAAGCUAAUUCCAGUGCUAAAUAUUAACAAAUCUCAUAUUCUGAUAAAAGAUAAAAAUGCAAAUGAUGCAGGCCUAGUAAAAAGUUUACAAACCAUUAUCAAACAUUUUUCCAAAAGCACUUUUAGGAAAAUAAAGCUAGAAGAUUUAGCAAACACGGCCACAGAACUUGGCAUCAAGGUGGACGAAAGUUCCCAGGAAUGUCAGAAAGCCAAAAAAUAUGCUGAAGAAAUUACUAAAGAGAUACAAGAUGUGGUGCAAUAUAAGAAAGAGACAAUGAAACUACAAGGAGAUCUGUGGAAACAAGUGGCCCAGAUAGAGAAGGAAUUGUGCAGAAUGAGAAAACAAGGGGAUACAAAUCUUGAACUAUAUCGAUCUCAGCUGAGAGAACAAAUUCAGGCAUUACACAGGGAUCAGAACCAACAUGUUCUACCUGAUUCUAUGAGUAAGUUUAUUUGUGCCAUCUCGCAUUUGUCUCAGGCAGAAAAAAAAUAUUUCUUAAAAUGGAUGAAAUUUGCACUUGAUUCAAUGGCUAGAAACAAUCUCUCUGUGUUGAAGGCAGACUAUAAAAGGAAAUGCACCAAUAAAACAAAUAAUCAGAAGGAACUAAAAUGGUUAGACCAGCAGAUAUCUGACAGUUCUUUGGGAGUAGAACACUUUCUGCGUGAGAUGGGACAGUUUUAUGAGGCAGAAUGUUCUAUAAAGGAACAAGGACAAUUGAAACCAGAUCAAAGACAAUUUAGUAAACUCCCAGGAAUAGCUGCUGAUCUCCUCCUUGAUGGGUUCCCAUUGGAACUGAUAGAUGGAGAUGCCUCCAACAUUCCCCUACAGUGGGUAACUGAUGUUCUGACUGAGCUGGAUAACAGAACAGGUAGGAAUUGUAGAAUGAGGGUCAUUACAGUGCUAGGAGUGCAGAGCACAGGGAAAUCCACCCUUCUGAACACCAUGUUUGGGUUACAGUUUUCAGUGGCCAGUGGGCGAUGCACACGGGGAGCCUUUAUGACUCUCAUCAAAGUGAAAGAGAAUCUGAAGGAAAUUCUGGACUGUGAGUUUAUACUUGUGAUUGAUACAGAAGGUUUAAAGGCUCCAGAAUUGGCUUCUCUAGAGGACAGCUAUGAGCAUGACAAUGAGUUGGCAACUCUAGUGGUUGGGCUCAGUGAUAUCACUAUAAUUAAUAUGGCCAUGGAGAAUACAACCGAAAUGAGAGAUACAUUGCAAAUUGUGGUUCAUGCUUUCCUUAGGAUGAAUGAAAUAGGGAAAAAACCCAACUGUCAAUUUGUACAUCAGAAUGUGAGUGAUGUCUCUGCUCAUGAUAAUAACAUGAGGGACAGAGAGAAACUCCUGGAGCAGCUGGAUAAGAUGACCAAAAUAGCAGCCAACAUGGAGAAAAGGAGUGGAAUCACAUGCUUCAGUGAUAUCAUGGACUAUAACAUUGAGAGAGACAGUUGGUACAUUCCAGGGCUUUGGUAUGGUGACCCACCCAUGGCUUCUGUAAAUUCUGGCUACAGUGGAAAUGUAUUUAAAGUGAAAAAAUAUUUGUUCAAAUUCAUGGAGAAAAGGGAAAGUCUUCAACAACCACAGAAUAUUGUUCAGUUUAUUGAAUGGAUAAAAAGCUUGUGGAAAUCUGUGAAACAUGAGAAUUUCAUUUUCAGUUUCAGAAACAGCCUGGUAGCUGAAGCUUACAAUCAAUUAGCAAUUAAAUACUCUCAGUGGGAAUGGAACUUCCGCAAACAGGUUCAUACCUGGCUAAUUAGCACUGAGAACAAGAUCAAGAAUCGGUCAGCAGAUAAACUGCAACCAGAAAUCAGAUGCACAGAUGUGAAAGAUGAUUUAAUGUCUUUACUUUGCAAAGAGGAGAAAAAUAUGUUAUUUUUAUUAAAAGAAUAUUUUGAGAGUAAAACUGAUAAUGUUCAUCUGAUUGAAAAGUAUAAAGUAGAUUUCUCCAGAGGGGUAAAAUUUCUCCGAAAUGAACUGGAAAGCUCUGUAACAGCCAAGAUUGAUGAGACUAUUAGGAUCCAAAAAGGGAAAAAUCAAAUAAAGAAUAUAGAGAACCAUUAUCAAAAAACAAUGGAGAAGAAAGUCACUGAUCUCUUAAAACAGGUCAGAGAAAGAAAAAGUCAUCUAAGGAGUGGUGAUAUAGUAAAUGUAUUUGAGAAUAUGUGGAAAAGUACUAUUGCUGAGCUACCAAAGAAUCUUUUACAAAAACGCCAGGUCAAUCAGGAAAUGUUACUGGACCUCAAAAAGGACUUGUCCAACAAAGGGAGCUCUAUAAAUGAGAAAUUUCUCAGUGUAAAACAUUUGGAUGAUUUUGGAAGAGUUGAAUUUCAGAUUAAUAAACAGCACGUUGACAUAAAGUGGUUUUCAGCAAAAGGUUUGAAAGAAUUCUGGACCAAUGAAUGCCAUGAUAAAACAGCCUGUCUUGCUUCCUCUUUAAUAAGAAGAUGUUCAGAUUAUGUAACAGAGAAGUUUAAUACAGGAGGAGACUAUGAUGGGACUUAUUGCCAAGAAUUGCUCAACAUAAUCAAUGUAAGACUCAGGGUGGAAGAUGUAAAUAACCUGCACACCACCCAUCAAUUUGAAUUGGAUUUAAAACUCCAUAUCUUUGGGAAUGCAGCUUCUAUGUUUCAAAAGUUGCAUGAGCGAUUUAUCCAAGAAAAUGAUCCUGUGAUCUGCCUGGAAAAACUAAAAUCUCAUUAUUGGGAAACAUUUUACAAUAUAUAUGAGGAAAAGGAUGAAACACAAAGUAGAGCCAAACAGUUCUGUGAGCUGUGCCUGAAGCCGGCAAUAACCAACCAGAUUUAUGAGCAUCUGGGGAAGGAUAUUGUAGAUGAUAUUAUGUUCAGUCAAGGUUCCAAAGAAUUGAGCAGCCGCAGUUUCUUUCAGUCACAUGUUCUUGAAAAACUUCUCAAAGAUCAGAACUUUUCUCAGUAUGUCACCUACAUAAAUUCUUAUGAGUUGUUUGUGAAACAAUGGCUGAAACAAUACAUAUUAAAGACAUAUGAAAAAGGUCUAGAAAAAUUGUCCACAAAAUUACUUUCUGAUAUCUGUAAAAAUAUUAGAAUGGUUCUUCAAAGCUUACAAGACAUUCCCACUGUCUCAGAAUUUUUGAAAGCCUUUUGUGAGAUGUUAAAAAGCGAUUUAGUAAUUUCUCAGAGUAAACUGCAGUUGAUCAGUUUCCAGAACAAAGCAGAUAUUAGGCAGUUCUCAAAGGACAUUGAUUUCUUUCUCACAGAAACAGAGAAACAGGUCACAUCAGGGAUUAAAUAUUCCAGCACAGAAUCUGUAAUUGCCAAGCUCACAGUAAAACCAGAGGAUGAGCUGUUUAAGAGAGUGUUUGGCUGUGGGAAGCAGUGUCCCUUCUGCAAGGUCCCCUGUGAGGCUGGAGCUGCUGACCAUAAGGAGCACUUUGCAUCUGUCCAUCGACCUCAAGGUUUAGGAAGAUACCGUUGUGAAGACAAUAACAAAUUGAUGACCGAAAUAUGUUCAACUUAUGUUAUCAGUGACUGGAGAUUUAGAAACUCAGACACUGAAGGAAAAUGGCACCCAUAUAAAGAAUACAGCACAUUCUACCCAGACUGGGCCAUUCAGCCUGAUUACAGCAUCAAAGCCUCAGAUUAUUGGAAAUACAUUUUUGGGAAGUUUAAUAACGAGUUUGCAAAGGAAUAUGAUGCACUGCCUGCUGAUCUGCCUGGUCAAUGGUACAAGAUUAAGGAAACAGAAGCUUUUAAGAGUUUAAAGGAAAUAUAUAAAAGUUAAAAAAAAAAAUAUGCCUUGGGUCCCCAGAAGCUAAAGAACAACAACUCAACAAAUGUAUAAUUAGAAUUGUAUGCAGUAAUUUUUAGUCUAGAAUCAUCGGAGGGCCAUGGUUAAUGUUUAGGCUUUAUAGCAGCUAUUGAUUCUGUUUUUUUUUUAUUGUGAGCUUUCAUUUAAAAAAUGCUAAGUUUGUCUCCUCAGGAGAACAUCAGAAGAAAAAUGGAUCUCUUCUGAUCUUGUGGUUCAUAAGAGAAGUUAUAUGAGGUUCCUAACUUUUGGCUUCUUUUCUAAGCAUCCUUUUUUUUUCUAAAAGUUGUGUUUUUCUUUUCUUGUGUUAUGGUUAAAAGCACUGACCAGCGGGUGAUAUUUUUGUUCUAAUUUCAUUAUAAUAACUGUAUACAUGUUUGCCAAUAUCUUGGAAUCUACAAAAUAUAAUGUGUGAAUUGCAAAAGAGCUUGUAAAUUUUCAAUAUAAAAUAUUGUAUUUCUAUUUCUUUCAGGCGUUUAGUCAUUUACUGUUAAGUUACUAGGGGGGCACAGUGGGAACAUUUUAAUGGAGGGUUUCUAUCCCUUUAACAUGUGAUUAAAAUGCAGUUACAGACAAUUACUUUGGUGAGCUGGGGGAUUUGCACAAGACUAUAGUAACGGACAACAGAUAUACCACCUCUACAAGUAAAAUAUAAGAUACAUCCAUAUCACCAUAGUGAUUUUGUGGGUACAGCAGGGACAGUGUCGUUUCUGCCCCUCACUGGAGCACAGGCAGUGAUGCCACCUUAUCUACAUUGGGACUGCACCAAAUUCAAACUUAAAAUGCCCUGUAAUACCAAUUACAAUGCCACCUUGUCCAUGGACUGUACUCCUUCCUUUGAAUAAUGUUAUUGACUUUGGCCUGUUUGUACCCUGCCUUGAUUUCUGUCUGACCUGAACCUUUGCCUGGACAUGAACUUUUAUUUGUUUAACCCUUCUUCUUUGCUUAGUUUUGGUAACCUUGCCUGUGCCAUUGCCUGACAAGUAGCCUGUUGUGACCCCUAAAAUAAAGAUGGGCAAAGUGAUUCAACUUGGGAAUGCAGUGACAAAAUGUCUUUAACUUGUACUUUUGCAGCUUUUAUUAAAGCCUGUACUAAGUACUGUAGGUGUAUAAAUGUAAUGUUUACUCUAAGAUAAUUAAGCAGAAUAUUGUAUAUUUACACCCUGUGCAUGAAUAAUAAUCUGGAAUCUUCAGACCAUCAGCAACCUGAUGAAUUUGGAGUUUCCUAAUCAUUGUCAAUUACCAGUGAAACAUGGUCAAACCAUUGCGGUUUCCUAAUCAUUAGUCAUGGUCAACCCAUUGAGGGUUUCUAAUCAUUAUACCAAGUGCCAGUGUAAUCUGAUGACAUUGGGGGCCUCCUACUCAUUAUUCCAAUGCCAGACUAACCUGAUUACAUCACAGUUUCCUACUCAUUAUGCCAAGUGCCCGAGUAACCUGGUCAAACUAUUGGGUGUUUCCUAAUCAUUAUGCAAAGUGUCAAUGUAAAUUGGUGACAUUUGGGUUUUGUAACUAUUUGGCUGUAAGCCUGAAUCUUGAUAACUGCUAAAUGCCACAUAGUUUGCAAUUCAAUACACAUCUAAUAAUAAAUCGGUUGAA